AUGACCACUCCAAUCUUCAUCAUCGCUUUCUUGGCCACUCCACUAUUAGCUGGAAGUCUUCCCCCGGUGUCCGUCCCGUCAGUCACUCUUCCAACUGUUACCCCGAAGAUUCCAAUUCCGAAUGUGAAUGGAACUUGUAAAUGCCCACUCAUUCCAGAUCUUCAAGUAUUGGAUUGUAUCUUGGAUUUCAUCAGCCACGUGAACAUCUUGACCAAGACUGUCGAGACUGUGAAUGGAACACAAUUCAACAAAUACACCAUCCAACACUUGGAGAUUCUUAAGGGUGGCCUCGAACUGCCCUCAGUCGUUCUCGUCCCGAUGGGUCCAUGUGGAUUGGAAUUGGAGGCCAAUGUCGAAUAUCUUCUCUCUGGAGUGUUGACCGUCCAGGAUUUGGUGUGCCAACUCCUCGAGGGAUUGAUCGAGCCACUUCUUGGGAAACUUCUUGUCGUCCUUCCCGGUCUUGAUGCUCUUGGUGGUUUGACUGGAGGUCUUGGUGGAGUUGGUGGACUUGGUGGUUUGGGCGGAUUGACUAGCGGACUUGGAGGUCUUACUGGAGUUGUUGGCGGACUCACCAAUGGAUUAGGACUCGGUGACUUGCUCGGUGGAUUG